CAGCCGUCAGUAGCUCGAGUAGCACUAGUGACCGGGGGGACAGGAUAUCCACAGCCAAUUCAUUGAUAAAACAAACUCUGUGGACUCUGCAGCACUCAACAACAUCCUAACACGGGGGUAACGGACAGGAACUGGUUGCAGUGCGAUCACCCCGCUCCAGCUGUUGGGACAUGGCCAGGCCGGAACAGGUUCUGCUCUUGGAGCCUCAGCACGAACUGAAAUUCCGAGGUCCAUUCUCAGACGUGGUCACCACAAAUCUCAAGCUCUCCAACCCUACAGACAGGAAUGUGUGUUUCAAGGUUAAGACGACGGCGCCGCGCCGGUACUGUGUGCGGCCAAACAGUGGAAUCAUCGAUGCGGGCACCUCAAUCAACGUCUCGGUUAUGUUACAACCCUUCGAAUACGACCCUAAUGAGAAGAGUAAGCAUAAGUUCAUGGUCCAGUCGAUGCUAGCACCACCUGACAUGACUGACAUGGAGGGAGUGUGGAAGGAGGCUAAGCCUGAUGAAUUGAUGGACUCAAAGCUGAGGUGUGUUUUUGACAUGCCGGUGGAGAACGAAAAAACGCAUGACAUCGAGUCCAACAAGAUGAUGUCGUCCAGCUUGCUGAAGUCAGACUCCUCCACGCUGCCUCCAAAGUCAAUGAGCUCCACCCUGGAUGACGGGGAGGUAAAGAAGAUCAUGGAGGAGUGUAAGAGGCUGCAGAUGGAGGCUCAGAGGCUACGGGAAGAAAACAAACAGAUCAGGGAGGAUGAUGGUCUGCGGAUGAGGAAGAGCAACGUGAUGUCAUCUCAGCACUCCUCAAUGGGCAUGAAGAAAGAGGAGGGGUUGAGCGCCCGCACGAUUGCCCUCAUCGUGCUCUUCUUUGUGGUGGGCGUCAUCGUGGGCAAGUUGGUCUUGUAGACAGCAGCGCAGUUCGGUUCGGCCGCAGCAUGCUUUCCUUUAGGGGGAUGAAAAACAAACACGGGAUUUGGGAUUUUGGAUCAGAAAUGCCAUAUCCGCUGGGUGGGGGGUCGUACUAGUUUUGAUUCAGUCUCAUUUAUGUAAAAAAAAGAAAAAUUUCAAAAGGUAAUGUAUGAGAAAACAAAGAAGAAAAAAACGAUUCAUCAUCUUAUGAACAAACCUACUGUUACAGGUCUUGCCUCUACGUAAUCAUCACAUAAUCAUUCUGGCGCUCUUUCCCAAAGUUUCAUGUAUACAGAUGACUGGUUCUGUCGGGGCAGGGGGGUAAUGGAAACAUGAUUUAAUGCUAGUGAUCCAGACCAAUUUUCUUACACCGGCGAGGUAGUCUUGGUGCGACUGAGUCAGUUUGCAAUUGUGUGAAUGUCAUUUUAGUGUAUUGUUGUUUCUUUUUCUAAAUGACGGAGGCCAGAGCCUAUGUAUAUGUAUACGUAAUCCCCCCACUGUACAGUAUAUCCAGGUGUUCCUUCCAGCUAAACCCCCUUUAAGGAAGGGAUUUACCAGAGAGAUGAUCCACACAGUCGGGGUUACACACACAGGGCUAUCAAACUGACUCCUGCGAUCAGAGGCUUUGUAAAAUCAGCUCGUCUUUGAUUGUAGAACAACAUUGAUCAUGUAUGAAACACUAUACCAUAGGUAUUUUCUUUCCUCGUGUUGUUUUUUAUUUACCUUAUUCCCAUCACCUGUCACUCAGUGCUCACCACACCCCCCGGUUGUCAGAGGGGGGAUGUUUGAUUGCAUGCGUUCACACACUUGAGUGUUGCAUCUGGACUUUUGAAUCUAAUUUAAACUGCUUUUUUAAUGGUGAUAAUAAUAUGUCAUUUGGCUGUAGGUUUGCACAACUACAUUUUCAGAUUUUCUUUCUCUCUUGUUUCAUUUUUAUGAUUUUGUUGGGUUUUCUUUGUUGUUAGGGUUAAAGCAUUUAAGAAUAUUGCAGCUACCAGACAUGAGCUCCAGAUUUGUAGGAUUAGAUGAUGAUUAGAUGAAAGGCUUGCCUUGUGACCUAUUUGGGCAAGUUAUUCUCAGGCCAAGAUGGAAGAGUAUAUAUAAUAUAUAUAUAUAUAUAUACACACACACACACACACACACACACACACACACACAGAAAGCAUGCAUACAUAUAGUGAGAAAUGGACAGGAGGUGCAUGUAAAGGCGACUAGUUAUGUGUUUCCCUUACAACAUCAACAAAACCAAGGUCCCAUUUCAGUGUCCUCACAAAGGGACCUUGGUCUUUUCCAGCUCUUUUUUUCUUGUUUUCUCAUAUUUUCCUACUGAGCCAUACAUUUGUUGACGUUCUGUUUUGUUUGAGGCAAAUGUAUGUCAGAGAUCAGCUGAGUGUUUCAAGCUGCCUGCUCCAGCUCUCUGCUGCUGGCCAUUUUCUGCAGUUUUUUUCUCACUCCACUGCAGGCCUGUGUUCAGUUUUUGGGUGUUCGUUCAGCAUUUAUCCGUUGCUUUUUAAUGUUAUAUCCUCACUGCAUUUGAAGUCGUGUUCAUUUUUAAUGCACUAAGAUUAAGUGUGUCUCUCCUUUGAUCUUCCUGCAGCAUACUUUUCUUUUUCUCAAGUGAGAGGGAGUAAAAAAGAAAAAAAAAAAUCAUACAGCCAAGCUUAUAUCCUUGAGGGGACCACAUUAUGACAUUGUACUGUUCCAGAGCUGGUGGUUAUUUUUUUGGUUAAAAAUAAACAAAAACAUACUCUCAAAUUGUUUCAUCUCAAAAUUUGCAUGAGAGGGUAAAAAAGCAAUGAAGAGUGUCACUCUACAAUAUUUGAAGGAAAAAGAGCAGUUCUUAUUUUUAUCCCCCUGUAUCAGCCUAAGAUGCAGGACUGCAUUACCCUUUGUUAAGAAUAAUUACAAAAUCUACCGUCUUUUCAUGUUUAGAGGAGUGGAGGAUGAUGGGUGUGACUGUUGGGUUAAGAGAUUAAAAUAUACAAGCUUGUGUUUCUACUGUUUCUCUGUAAAGUUGUUGGGUUGAGGAUGACUUGCUGCUUAGAGGGAGGGCAGAGCAGACCUGAGCUACAGUCCCAAAUUGGGUUAUCAGACCUGGGUCAUGUAGUACUUGCAGAAAAUUCUUGUUCACUGAGUCCUGGUUGGAGUAUCAGAACAUUUUACAUGGAAAAACAUAUUUCAAAGUACCAGAAUAUACUGUUAUGUGAUGAAUAAUUUAUGACUGUCCUGCUCUGAUGCACCAGUGUUGUACUCCAAGCAGGAUUAAACAAACAAUUACAUGUGAAUACUAAUUGAUCCAGGCCCUGUUGUAAAACACACUACACUGACCUGUCCUGGAGUCUCUGACCAUCACCGUGAUCAAUGUAAGCAGUCGGCAAACUGUUUUGUAUGUAUAUAAAUAAAUAAAUAAGUCUAUCUGAGAAGAUGAUUAAUAUUCCUAGUUCAAGUAGUCUCUCUGGUGUAUAAAAACAACCCAACCUGGUUGGACUAUGUAGCAUCUUAAUAAAUUAAAUGAAUAAAGCCCCUAA